GGUUUGCUGUUUGAUUUGCUUUUAUUAUGUAAUGGGUAUGUCUCGAUGCUGUAAAUUCGUGGAUUGGAUAAUUCUUUUCGCUUACAUACAGUAAAUCUGUAAUCAUGGAUUUUGGUUCUUUUUAAUUUGGGAUUUCAUGGAUCCUGGUUUCUCUCUCUCUCUCUCCUUUUUGUUUUAAUUUAUUUAAUUUAUUUUUUUUCCUCUUUGGGUGUGGAGUUGAGUGGAUGCUGAUUCGGGUGUCGUUUUUCAUUCAUUUUGAGUAAUAUUUAAUAAUAUGUGGUUUUAGAUUUCGAUUCCUUUGCAGUUGAAAUUUAGUAUGGUUCAUUUUUGUAGGGUAUUUUAUGUCCAGUUGGCAUUUAGGAUAUUUGGGCAUUAAGUGAUGUGGAUGGAAUAAAAUGGGGGGUCUUUUUUACUCUUUUGUUUUUCAAUUUAGUUGCAGAAGAGUGAUUGCAAUGGGAAUAUUAAGAUUAUGGAUUAUUAAUUUUAGGUGGAAUAUCAACAAGCAAGUGGCAAAAUGGUGGACCAUUAGGCACCGAUGGAUAAAAUCUAAUUCCCUCCUUUUUCCUCCUAAUUUCUUUUUUUGCAUUUCACAUAUUGAUUUUUUGGGUAACAGAAAGAAAAUUAGAUUUCCUGAUUGUGAGACAGGUUUAGGACGGAAGAUGGGCUGUUUCACCGUUUUGAAGUGCAAGAAGAAACGCUCUGAGCAGAAUGUUCACAUCAAACGUGUCAGCCCAACGGAGAAAACACCCACAACAUUGCCUGAACCUCAAAUCGCAACCCGGUCACUACAAUCUGCACCUCCUAGUUUUAGGACCAGAGUGAAACCGAUUCAGCCAGUUAACCGAGUCACAAACUGUAGAACACGAGCGUUAUCUGCUCCGUCAUCCCUUGAUGCAGCAGAACAAGAUGCACUUUCAUCAAUUGAAUAUGAUGAACCAGAUGAGUCCAAGUACCGAGCCACUUCGACAAAGGAACAACGGCCUCCUAGUCCACAACCUCUUCCUCUCCCAACACUGGGUCGUGUACUCAAGAGUACGGACAGCUUUAAAUCAGGGACUGCUAGUGGCCCACUUUCUGGACCAUUGCCAUUGCCACCUUCAGGAACACUCCGGAACUAUCCAUAUGAAGAAAUAGCAUCUGCUUGCCAUCACUUCUCUUCUGAUCGAUGCAUGUCUGAAGGCCUUUCUUCCAUUAUAUAUAAGGCUUCUUUUGGGGAUGAAACUUCAAGCUCCAAAAAGUUUGAAGCCACUGUAACUCGUCUUCACCCCUCCACUCAGGCUUUAAAGGAAUUCAUAAAUGAGGUGAACACUCUUGCAUCUUUGCAACAUCCCAACCUUUGUAAGUUGCUUGGUUUUCAUGCACGUGAGGGUUCAGAUCAGAGAAUGUUGGUCUAUGAGAGGCUCUUUCAUGGAAGUUUGGACCGGCUACUAUAUGGAAGAUCAGACGGACCCCCUAUUGAUUGGAAUACAAGAAUGAAAAUUGCUUUAUGUGCUGCACAAGGUCUUACUUUCUUGCAUGAAGAAGGUCCUUUUCAGGCAAUGUACAAUGAAUUUUCAACGGCUAACAUACAAAUUGACAAGGAUUUUAGUGCAAAGCUUUCAGGAUAUGGUUGUGUGGGACAAAUUCCUGAGACUGAGAUUUCUAGUAGUUCAGUUGCAGUGGCAAAUCUUUCAAUGGAAACGUUGGAAAGAGGAAUGCUCACUCCAAAGAGCAAUGUUUGGAGUUUUGGGAUAGUCCUUCUGGAACUACUUACUGGCAGGAGGAAUCUUGAUAGCCGUCAUCCCAAGGAAGAGAGAAAUCUAGUUAAGUGGAGCUGGCCUUUCCUAGCGGAUGAUUGCCGACUUUCACUAAUCAUGGAUCCUCAGUUAAAAGGUCGGUUCCCAGCCAAAGCCGCAAGGACAGUCGCCGACAUUGCACAAAGAUGCCUUCAGAAGGAUCCAUCUGAAAGGCCAACCAUGAGAACAGUCGUUGAGCAUCUCAAGAUCAUACAAGACAUGAAAUACUCCUACCGCUUUCCCUUGCAAGAACCAGCCAUGAUUUCCGGAAGACAUAUGUCAAAGUCUCCAAGUUUUAAUGGAAUCAUUACGCCAGCACCGAGGUUAAGUUUCUCGCCAUCACCACCGUCUGGAGCCAGGCCCUCCAUUUCGCCUACAAGACGGCCUAUCUUGCCUGCAUCCCUUCCUCCUCGUGCCUGUUCCUCCACACUCUCUCUGGAGGAUCUUGAUAGACAAGAAAGCCGGAGAUCAUCAUCUUCUGUUCGGAGGCCUAGUGUUGAGGGAUUUUGAUUGUGUAUAAUGUGCAUUUUUUAAUUUUUUUACUUUUUUACUUUUUCUGGUGUUCUUUUGUGAUUCAACACAAUAUAUAGAAGAUAAAAGAUGUGGUGGUUCUUCCACCUUCCCAUCCCUCUAGAUGAUGAAAAUAGAGAGGAUGCUUCUUUGUAGAUAGAGUGAAAAGCUGUUAUGACCCAGGGUUAAUUAGUUUUAACAAUGCCAUUCAUAUGAGGAGCUUUUAUGUUCUCCCUUUUUUUGGGUUUGCCCUCAAUGUUCC